AUGGGUGGUAUGGGUGGUGUGGGUGGUGGGGAUGUUAUGGUUGGUAUGGGUGGUGGGGAUGUUAUGGGUGGUAUGGGUGGUAUGGGUGUUGGUGCUGGCAUGGCUGGUGGUUCUAAUGUUGCAUCUCAUGAGCAGCAGCAGCAGCAGCAGCAGCAUGUAAAGCACCCCCUUUUGCGUUCUCGUAUGGGUCAACCUCUGGGUGAUUCCACAGAGAUGGGCAAUGAUGAUUCACAGGGGUUUGCCUUGAGGAGACGUGCGAGUGUGGGGGGAGGAGAGUGUAAUGAUGGCCGUGCUGACGUGCCUUGUGUGGCUGCGACGAGUGGUGUUGGCAUGCAUGGUAUGGGUGGUGGGGAUGGCAUGGGUGGUGGGGAUGGGUUGGGUGGUGGGGAUGGUAUGGAUGGUGGGGAUGGUAUGGAUGGAGGGGAUGGUAUGGGUGGUGGGGUUUGUAUGAGUGUUGGUGCUGGCAUGGCUGGUCGUUCCGCUAGGUUUCCUGUGAUAUGUUGGAGUGGCACUGAGAUGAACAACACUCUAGCUAAUGCGGCAACCGGAGCUGUGGGAAGCGGUGGUGUGGGAAGUGGUGGUGUGGGAAGUGAUGGAGUGCGACGAGAUGGAGUGAGGAGCGGUGGAAUAAGGAGCAACUUGAUUUGGGACAGGAGUGCCAAUAAGGGGAGUGACAGCACCGAAUGGGGAGAUGCAGUCAUGGGGGGUAGGGCACUCUCGCGUGGAGCUUGGGGGGGUGGAGUUUUGAAGAGUGGAGCGUUGCGGAGUGGAUUGGUGGGAGCAGGGGCUAUGGGGGGGAAAGACUUGCGUGCUGAAGCUGUGCAAUCCAGUGCUCUGCCGGCUGGCGCGGUGCAGACAGGAUUGCAGGCUGGCGCUGUGCAGACAGGAUUGCAGGCUGGCGCUGUGCAGACAGGAUUGCAGGCUGGCGCUGUGCAGACAGGAUUGCAGGCUGGCGCUGCUGUUGGUGCACGCAGCACCGCUCGUGCAUGGCAGCAGAUACCUUCUCCAAGGAAACGCCCCAGAGACGCUGCAGGUAUGGUGGAGGACUGGCUGGGUGAGGCCCGCUUGGGGCUUCGUGCUGCAGAGCCUAUUCCCAGUGCCCGUGCUGGUGCAGAGAAGCAGCAGCUUCUUCGUGAGGCACCUCAACAACAGGAGCCUGUUUUCGAGGUACCUCAACAACAGGAGCCUGUUUUCGAGGUACCUCAACAACAGGAGCCUGUUUUCGAGGUACCUCAACAACAGGAGCCUGUUUUCGAGGUACCUCAACAACAGGACCAGCUAGGUGCGCUUCCCUUGGGGCUUCGUGUUGCAGAGCCUAUUCCCAGUGCCCGUGCUGGGGCAGGGAAGCAGGAGCCUGUUUUCGAGGUGCGCCAGAAGCAGGACGGGCUGGUUGAGGUUCCCUUUGGGCUUCGUGCCGCGGAGAUUCCUUGCACUUCUCGUGAGGCCGGUGCUGCAGAGCAGCAGGGGUGGGCCUUGGCAGGAGGGCUGGGAGAGAAUGGACCGAGCCAGCAGCAACAGCCACCAGCACAGCUGCCCCCCUGGCUUCUAUCCGCAGUCCCUGCCAGUCGUGGCACUCCUGCUGCUGCUGCUGCUGCUGCUGCAGAGAAGCAGGAGCGAGAAGCUUUACGGGAUAGCCUGCAAGACACUAAUAGAUUCCUCCAGCACCAGCAGUCAGCCCUUGGGCAUGCGAGGGGAGGUCACUGCCACCCAGUGCCACUGCUGUCCCUUGACCCUGGGCAUGCGACGAGUCGCCGCUGGGAGAGCCAGCCAUCGCUUUCCCCUGAGAAUGCAAACACUCACCACCUGCACCAGCCGUCCUGUUCACCUGAGAGGGCAAAGAGUUACCAGCAUCAACCUUCGUGUUCGCCUGACUUGAGCUCUUUCCAGCGUAUCACCCUCGUAAGCCCGCAUCGCUCUGUCAUUCAUACUCAUCCUCCUCCCUCCAGUUCUCCCCCCUCCACCACGCCUCCCCGGUCCAUUAUGCCUCCUCUCUAUCACAUCCCACCUCUCUCGGACAUUCCACCUGCGCCCAACAUUGCAGCAGCACCCAGCAGCACGAGCUCUCCUCCUUGUCCUGAGGCUCUGCAAUCCCUGCCCCCACCUGCUUGUCCUCCUCCUCGUUACAAUUCCUCUUCCCAUAUUUUCACACCGGUCCAUUGGCCUUCCUUUCCCCCUCAUCGCCCUCCUAAUUUCACCGCAAGACUUCUGACAAUGCUCGGUGGUAUGGGUGGUGGGGAUGGUAUGACUGGUGGGGAUGGUAUGGGUGGUGGGGAUGGUAUGACUGGUGGGGAUGGUAUGGGUGGUGUGGGUGGUGGGGAUGGUGUGGGUGGUGGGGAUGGUGUGGGUGGUGGGGAUUGUAUGAGUGUUGGUGCUGGCAUGGCUGGUCCUUCUGCUAGGUCUUCUGUGAUAGGUUGGAGUGGCACUGAGACAAACAACACUCUAGCUGAUGCGGUAAACAAUGCUUUGGGAAGCGGUGCUGUGGGAAGCAGUGCUGUGAAAAGUGGUGCUGCGAGAAGUGGUGGUGUGGGGAGCGGUGGAAUGCGGAGCAACUUGAUGUGGGGCAGGAGUGCCAUGAUGGGGAGUGACAGCACCGAAUGGCCAGAUGCUCUCACGGGAGGAAGAUCCCUCCAGGGUAGAGCUUUGGCAGGUGUGGCGUUGGUGGGUGGUGCUUCACGGAACCAAGUUUUGGGGACUGCAGCUUUGGGGGGUGGAGCUUUGGGGGGUGGAGCUUUGGGGGGUGGAGCUUCGGGGGGUGGAGCUUCGGGGGGUGGAGCUUCGGGGGGUGGAGCUUCGGGGGGUGGAGCUUCAGGGGGUGGAGCUUCGGGGGGUGGAGCUUCGGGGGGUGCAGCUUCGGGGGGUGGAGCUUCGGGGGGUGCAGCUUCGGGGGGUGCAGCUUUUGGUGGUGGAGGUUGGCGGAUUGGAUCCUUGGGAGCUGGUGUUCUAGGGGCAGGAGACAUGCAUGCUAGUGCUAUGCAAUCGGGUGCUGCAGUUGGCGCUGCAGUUGGCACACACAGCGCCUCUCACAGAUGGCAGCAGCAGGUCCCAUCCCCCCGGAAACGCCUCAGGGACACUGCAGACAUGGUGGGGGAGCGGUUGGGUGCCGAUCCUUUGGGGCUCUGUGGCACAGAGACUAUUCCCGGGCCUAUUCCCAGUGCUCAUGGGGAGAAGCAGCAGCUUGUUCUUGAGGCGCCCCAAAGACAGGACUGGCUGGGUGUGGUCCCCUUGGGGCUCGUGCUUUCCACAGGGCCUAUUCCCGGUGCUCGUGCUGCUACAGUGAAGCAGGAGGGGUCGGUGGCAGGGGAAAUCCUAGGUGUGUGUGGACCAAGCCAGCAGUACCCGGCGUCUUCACUGCUGUCCCCUUUACUUAUAUCUGCGCACCCCGCUGCUGCUGGCACUCGUGCUGUUGCUGCUGCAGAGAAAGAGUGGCAGGUGGUGGCAGGAGCAGGGCUGGGAGAGAGUAGAGCAAGCCAGCAGCGCCAGGCACAGGCGCCACUCUCCCCCUUGCCUCAAUCCACUCAACCCAUCGGUGCUGGCACUCGUGACGGGCCCAAGAGGCAGCAGCAGGAGCGAGAGGCUUCAGGGGAGAGCCCAAGGGGCAUUGGGAGAGUCCAGAAGCACCUGGCACAGGCGCCACUCUCCUCCGUGCCUCAAUCCACAGGCCCUACCAGUGGUGGUGGUGGUGGUGCUGCUGCUGCUGCUGCUGCUGCAGAGAAGCAGGAGCAGGAAAUUUCAGGGGAAAGCCCAAGGGGCAUUGAAAGGUUCCUCCAGCAGCAAACAUUUCCUCCUCCCAGCGUGUUUCUCCCCUCCAACAUGCCCCCCCACUACACCGUGCCUCCUCCCUCUGACGUACCUCCACUGUCUGACAUCCCACCUGCCCCCAACAUCCCUGCAGCCACCCACAUUCCCAGCAGCACGACCUCUCCUUUGCUAGAGCCUCCGCAUUCCCAGCCCACACCAACUCUUCCUCCUCCACCUCCUAAUUACAAUUCCCCUUCACAUAUCUUCACGCCGGUCCAUUGGCCUCCCUUUCUCCCUUAUCGCCCUCCUGAUUUCACUGUGAAGCAAGAUCCGGACAUGGCUCAGUGA